ACUUAGCGAACCAGAUUGUAGGGUUUAUAUAUAUAAUUCAGUUGUAUACAUAAGUGAGUGAUUAUAUUGCGAAGAUUGUUGGGGAAACGAUGUAAAUCAAGAACGGUGAUUUGAAGAGGACUUAAAUAUAUUGUUUUACGUGAUCUUGUGUUAAUCGUUGCUUUAGAUGAUUCUUCAAAAUUCGGAUGUGAUACGCGACAUACCGGAAAACAACAUGGCGAUGGCUGCGUCUAGUUCCGGUCUGUACCUGAGUUCGAGCUCCCCGAGCGGUCACAGUGGCUCGCCGGUGGAGUUCAACUACCCUAGCUCCCAGGCGAUGUCGUACAUACACCGAGACUUCGGCGAGAUGAAGUACGGUGAGAUGAAGUAUGGGGAAAUGAAGUAUAUGCCGACGCAGCACCAAAACGGUCAUGGCCACCUGAACCACUACGCUCACAAUCCGUGGAGUUCGAUCCCAAGCGAUAUGGGGCACUGGGGCAACGGCGGCAUGACCUCGCACCUACAGAACCUUCACGCGGAGAUGCGUGACGUCAAACCGGGGCUGCAGGGCCCAAACGACCUGACCAACCCAGGCAGUACGCUGCACCAUCGCCCUCCGCAGCACAUGCAUUCUCCGCAAGGCUGGCACUCGCCCGUUACUCCGUCGCACCUGAAUCUCAACGGAAACGGGCACCAGUUGCAGCACCCCGGCUACGGUAUCCCGGGAAUGAACGGUAUGCUCUCCCCUGCUCACCAGAUUCACCCCUCCCUGCGCGACCACGACCCCUCGGACCUUGACGGCGGGCCUCACACCCCUUCUGACGAGGACGCCCCCUCCUCUGACGAUCUUGAAGUGUUUGCAAAACAGUUUAAGCAGCGUAGAAUAAAACUAGGAUUUACCCAGGCAGAUGUGGGAUUAGCUUUGGGGACUUUAUAUGGGAAUGUUUUUAGUCAAACAACUAUCUGUAGGUUCGAGGCUUUACAAUUAAGUUUUAAGAACAUGUGUAAAUUAAAGCCUCUUCUUCAAAAAUGGCUCGAGGAGGCGGACAAUUCGACCGGUUCAACUACGAGCAUAGACAAAAUUGCCGCGCAGGGUCGAAAGCGUAAAAAGCGAACGAGUAUUGAAGUGACUGUUAAGGGGGCACUGGAGAGUCACUUCAUGAAGCAGCCCAAGCCUCAGGCUCAGGAAAUAUCGCAACUGGCGGACUCUCUACAGCUUGAGAAGGAAGUAGUUCGCGUCUGGUUCUGCAAUCGGCGCCAAAAGGAGAAGAGGAUGACGCCGGCUAACCAGCAGGGUCCGAACGGUGAGAUGUUAGGCCUGUCCGACAGCGAGCAGAACGACCAGUCGCCGCCUCCGAGACACGAAAUGAAUCGAAACAGUUUAAAUAGUGACUCAUGUAGCCCCAUUCACAACGGCGGAUCCGGUGACGGCGUCUUAGGGAUCGGAAGUAUGGGCAUGUCGAGUCUUGCUGCCCUCUCCUCACAUAGCGCCCUGCCGCCGAGCUCCGGUGGCGGCCACAUCGUGUCAAUGUCGCACCUCCACUCGUCCCUCUCUCACCACCACUACCAGCCUCAGCCGGGACAUUGACGUCACGACGUCACUCCGGACGCUUAUGACUGGUAUAUGACCAAGACAGCGUCGGGAUGACGUAAUUCGUAAAAAUCAACAGGAAACGGUGACGGUAUUCGCCAGUUGAGUUCUUCAAAAUAUAAUGACGUCAUAGAUGGAAGUCAACAUCGGUCUGACGCAAAAAAUGUCCUGGAAAUGGAUGCUUAAACAGCGAGUGAGUGACACAUCGGUAAAUACUUGAGUACCGCGAGGUGGAAGUACAGAAUAUCGCAGCCUUGGUCGGCUAAAAGCAGAGAUGCGGCAUGUUCGUAAGACAGCAAAAUGUAUAUUUAUUUAUAUGACAAUGUAGGAUUUUGUUAUAUCCACUAUCUUGAGAGAAACGUGUACAUAAUUAUAUCAACCAAGGCAACUUACUGUCCCAUUUUUAAUGAAGAGUUUACACUGGGGACACUUAAGAGAGCCUUAUUUUUCGGGACCAAGUUUACUUGCUUUCAUUAUCGUAAAACUCAUACCGUCGCGAGAAAGUUGAGUGAUAAAUAAUGUUUGUUGAUAUAUUAAAUUUAUUUUACAGAUAUUUAUUUCUUUAAUAUGUAGAUGUGUAAAUGUCUAUUUAUCAUUCAUAAUAAGGUAGGCACGCUACACAUUAUUAUUGAUGUCCAGUAUUUUGUUCUUAGAAC